AUGCAGUUCGAGUCGGAAUUCCGGUUCGACAUGGACGACAGCUUCAGCCUGUGCAGCCAGUCUAUGUCCUGCCCUUCCACCACAACAAGCUUUUCUUCCGCCUCAUCAGCUUACGACCCUUUCACCCCUACAUCCCGACGGUCAACUCCUCAUGAAUUCGGCAACAUGGACUUUGAUGGUCCUUACAGCUCUGCCUCUCAUCGGGCAGAGCUGACCCCUCCCUCAUCAGCGAUGGGCAAGUACAUGUUCCAUCCCAUCAAGACUGAGCAGGAACAUAUGCCAUACUCCGACACUCUUCCCAACACUCCCAUGAAGCGAGAAUCUCUCGGCUUCGAGUAUGAGCAUAUCAUGGACAUGAACAUGGCACACCACGGGUCAAUGGGAUCUUUAACACCUUCAAACUCAUUCGGCAUGUAUGGGUACUCCCCAGAUGCUUCUAUGGGACCUGCUUCCUUCAUGAUGACACCAACUCAGAGCAUUUCCGGCUCCGAGGCUGCUGAGACUGGCUCAUCAUGGUCUUGUGCCAACGACAGCCCCAUCUCAUUUUUCCCCAACAAGCAGCUCUCAAGUGAAUAUGAGAGUUUCGAUAUGGAUCGACACUCUCAGUCACCUUUAAGUUACCUGCACGACCCCAACUCACCUAACCGCAUGCGAGCUCAGAGAAAAAUGAUGGUGCACGAAAUUCAGCAAAAGACCACAGAACUUCAACGAGCUCAGAUUAGAUCAUCAAGGAAGCGGUCCAUUAAGCCCGAUCCUUCACAGGUUGACGUGGUCCGAAGAGCCAUGUGCAAGUGUGAUUACCCAGGUUGCCAUAAGGCUUUCAGACGAAACGAGCAUCUUAAGCGCCACAAGCAAACUUUUCACGGCGAGGGACCUAAUCGCUUCUCAUGCGAGUUUUGCGGAAAGGACCAAUUCAAUCGACAAGACAACCUUAACAACCACCGCAAGCUGCAUGCACGACCCAACAGCCGCAACCGCGGUGUCGAGUUCAUCCCUGCUGCAGUCCCAGUUAUCGAGCAGGAGGAGCGAAGCAGGAAGCGACGUGCACCUUCAAAAUCCAAGAUCGUUGAUAAGCGGGGAUCGGAGUAUUGA